UCUUACUCUUUACUUGCCACUUUCAUAUAGUUUAAAUCUCUUUCUUUUCUUUUUGAUUUCGCGCAAAAGCUUUUUUUUUUUUUUGCUGCAAUGGCGGCAUCUUCGACCAUUUCAUGUUCUGAUUUGAACCCUAACUCUACAGAGAGAAAGCACAAUUCGCCAUUAGAACGAAGUCCCCGAAUGCUAAAAGAUUUCCUCCACGAUGAUUCCAACUCAUGUUACUCAAAUGGGUUCAAAUCAUUUCCUAGAAAAUCUUCCCAGAAUUACAGCAUUUCCCGAGAAAAUCCAAACUAUGGACAAAGACUUCAAAGAAGCCGAUCAAGAGCUGCCUCCGCAACUAUCUCAGCAUUCCAGGCAAUGAUCAACGCCAUUAAAAGCAUCCAUUUAUCUUCAUCGGUUAAAUCUCCUUCCAUCUUACUGCCCAGAAGCCUUUCACGUAGACUGUCGAGAAGGAACUCACAACCACAGCUCAACGUCGAAAACAAAAUCACCGUGACAGUCAAAGACAUCAUACGCCGGAAAUCAUUCCGUGAUUUAGUAGGAAAAAUCUCGUCCCUCUGAUUUUUUCUUCUUCUUCUUCUUCUUCCUCUCAUCAUUCCACCACCGCCACCAGCACCCCCACCACAACGACGGGAUCCAACACUCCUUGUAGCAGCAGCAAUGGCUCAAGCUGGUGCGACAACGAUUUCACCUCGGAAUAUUCACCGUCCGACGAAUACGGUGAAAACGAAGUUGACAUCGUGGGUAAAAAGUUGUCAUCGUGUGUCGGCAAGGAUCCCAUGAAGACGAAACAACAACAAAGACAGCAGCCAACACAGAUAUGGGACCCAAAUAUGCAAGUGAAGAGACAGAACAGCAGCACAGUCCAAUGUCGGUGCUUGAUUUCGAAUAUGGUGAAGAAAAGGCAUGGCAGCUGGUGAAUCGUGUGAAAGAAAUAAUUCCAUCAACAAGUCAUGAAAGUAAUAUUUGUGUAGAUAAACUGCUUUUGGAUCUAAUUAGAGAAGAAAUAGAGACAAAGUGGUAUCAAAAUGAAGAGCUGGAGUAUUUUGAAACGGUACGAAAGCUGAUAAAAGCAUGGAUCGAUGGAGCAAAUAGCGAGAGCGAGACGAUAAAAAGGGAGGGUUGUGUUAGAGAAUGGAAAGAGAGGGAAGGUGGAGGAAUUGCAAUUUUCAGGAAGAAGAAGAAGAGUUGGCAACGGGAGUUGAGGGAUGGGUAAUGAAUAUUUUGGUGGAUGAACUAUUAGUUGAUCUCCUAUGACAGAAA